AUGCGACACGCGGAGGAAACCCAGCAGCUCAGUCAAUCCUUUGAUAAUGGCAAGUGUGGAAAUGCUGGGAGGGGGUGGCUGGUGAAUUGCUUGUCGAUAAUGCCUCCUAUCUCUUGCUGGCUCCCCUCCGCCGUAACCCGUUGCCUCGGCGGUGACGGACUCGAUAAAUCCACGGUUCACCGCUCGUCGGCAGCUACCUCUGAGACGCAUGGUGACGCUAGCGCAACAUCCCCUGCCGACCGACCCACCUUCUUCCAAUUUCGACUUUGCGAUUCCGCUUUCAGCCUCACGUUUAGGGUCAAGAAUGUUCCGUUAAAUCUUGGACCUAUCUAUGGCUUGCCACUGAUCUAUUGGCUCCGUGCCAUGGUGCCAUGUUUCUCUCCUCUGUCGUCUCUGCUUUGGUUCGACUCUGUCAUCGUUCCAAACAUGUUCAACCUAAACGCCAACACGACGUUGAGGCACCAGUAUAUGUCACCUGUUCUAUAUAUCUUCGGACUUUUAGAGCGAGUGGUGUUGCCCAUCUGCAUGACUUUCAUUUGA